CCACUCUCUUGACCUCAAUAACUAAGACAUCUUCCAAUUUUCUUGCGACACACGAGCAUUUUGACCCACGAACGAAAACCAUCAACGGUAUAGCCAAGAUGGCUCAGACUCUGACACAAGUCCGUGAGUGGAAUGCGGCUUUGAAGUCCGCACGGCCGGAAACAGUGGCCCUCUUCGUCGGAGGUACUAGUGGCAUCGGAAAACAUACUGCCAUCAAACUGGCCGGCGCGGUUAAGACACCCACUAUUUACAUUGUCGGUCGCAAUGAAGCCGCUGGUGCUCAAGUCCUCGAAGCGAUGAGAAAGGCUAAUCCAAACGGUUCUUACGGAUUCAAGGCUGUCGACGUCUCCGACCUUUGCAGCGUGGACGAAGCCUGCAAAGAACUCAAAACUCAUUUUGAAGCUCUCGACCUCUUGUUUCUCUCUCCCGGAGCUCUUGCAUUCAGCAAAAAUGAAACAGCUGCUGGGAUCGAUGUCAACCACAUGCUACGAUACUACUCUCGCAUGAGAUUCAUCGAGAACCUACUGCCUGCUCUUGAAGCCGCAAAAUACCCCCGGGUGAUCAGCAUUCUGGCUGGUGGUAAAGAAGUCAUGAUUGAGGAAGACAACUUGGACCUAAGGAAGCAGUUUUCCCUUUCUGCCAGUAACGGCUACCCAGCCUCCAUGACCUCGCUAGCAUUUGAGGUUCUUGCAUCGCAACACCCUUCCGUCAGCUUCCUUCAUGUAUUCCCGGGUAUUGUGGCCACACCACUCAUGAAAAGGAGUAUGGGAUCUGUAGCGGGUACAAUCCUGGGGUUCUUGACGAAGCCCAUCUCGAUUUCGGCGGAGGAGAGUGGAGAGUGGCAGACAUGGCUAUCAACUUCACCUAACUUCGCCCCCAAGAACUCUGGUCAGGGUGCCUAUAUCCUCAACUACAACGGCAAGGAUGCGACCAAUCAAUCUCUGAUGGUUCAACUCCGAGAGAAGGGGUUACCUGAAAUUGUUUGGAAGCAUACGCAGGAUACCUUCAGUCGGAUUCUUACGUAGGGAUCAUAUUCCAAGAUUGGCGACAAUAUAUCCACUAGCAUAAAGGGGAUUGCAAGAGUCAUAUGUCAAGGAGUUUAUGUAUGAAGACUAGGACGUUCUAUGAUAGCUAAUCGUUCAGUGUUUCUUUA